UUUGUGAAUGAAGAAAUUUAGUAUUUUUGUGAUGAUUUUACCAGAAAAGUAUUAAAAAUUUAAUUCGUAAAAGGUUCCCGAGACCAUUAUCGAGCACAGUUUUUGUCUAACAUCAAUAAUUAUGAGUGGAAUCAAUGAAAUAAACUAAUUUACGUCGAUACAAAAAAAAUCAAAAUAAAAAGUUCAUAAUCAAAUCUAUAAUUAGCGAUAAGAUGAGGAGAACAAGCAAUGGAACAAAGUCAGGAAGUGUCUUUCGAGAUGUCUACUAUCGAUCGCAAUACGGGGACGAGGUGCAACGAAAUAGACUGCUCAAUAGUGCAAAAGAUAGUUUGGAUUACGUUCAACGACUUGCUCAAUCGUCGGUGCUGAAAGUCCACAAUGGCUGUGUAAAUACCGUUUUUUGGAACAAAUCCGGUCAAUUAUUGCUCUCGGGCAGCGACGACAUUCACUUUGUUCUCACGGAUCCCUUUUCGGGCAAGGUUCAGGUGCGUCACAAGAGUCUGCAUCGCGCGAAUAUUUUCUCCGCGAAAUUUCUUCCAGGCGGAAAUGAUCGUCGGAUAAUUUCCUGCAGUGGCGACGGGAUGGUUGCUUUUACGGAUUUGUCGUCGCCGGAAGAAAUUCAAGCGGAUUACUUCAAUUGUCACGGCAGCACGACGUCUUACGAGGUGAUGUCGGUGCCGAAUGAACCGGAUAUUUUCAUGUCAUGCGGCGAAGAUGCCACAGUUCGUUUGUAUGACCUACGGAAGGAAUCGAAAUGUCACAAAAGUAAAUGCAAGGAAAAUGUGCUGAUCAGUAGUCCAGCGGCAGUUACCACGAUGGAUGUUGCGCCGAUUUCAAUGUUUUAUCUCGCCAUUGGGUCUUCGGAUGGCUUUGUACGGGUUUAUGACAGACGAUUUUUGGGUGUUGUCGAUUUCGAGGAAGGCGUAGACACGAAAUUUACCGUACCUGUGAAGGCUUUUUCGAUUCCAGCGGUCGAAAAACGCGCUUAUAGAAUUACUUCGGUCGGUUACAGCGCCGACGAGAGCGAAAUAUUGACGAGUUACAGCUCGGAACAUUUAUAUCUGUUCGAUGCGACGCAGGAGGGGCUUUCGACGAAGGCAAGUCUCAUGGAAAAGAAUAAGCGUAACGCGAAAAAGCCGGGAAAUCUUGAUUCGCCGCCUCCGGUGAGACGUCUUCGUUUGCGAGGCGAUUGGACCGAUACUGGACCCGAAUCUCGUCCUUCGAUGGAAACGCAAGAGGCGAAUAACACGAAUGAUGGACGAUCUCCUUCUGCUGUGAUGUCUCGGAUGACGGAAGUUCUCUCCCGAAUGCUCUCAGACUCAAAUCGGGGACACGAGUUACCACACGAACACGACAUUGACAUUGUAAAUACUUUACAAAACCUUGCGGAUGACCGUUCUCAUGAUGAAGAUGACACCAAUGAGCAUGAAAUGGAAGCCGAAUCCUCAAAUCCGCAAGAAAAUUUUGAAAAAUCUGAUCUGGAUUACUCUUUUAUCAAGCAAAAGUACACGGGACACCGAAAUUCUCGCACCAUGAUCAAAGAAUCGUCCUUUUACGGCAACAACUAUGUGAUGUCAGGCUCGGAUUGCGGUCAUAUUUUUGUCUGGAACAAACAAACCGCCCGUCUGGUUAACGUUUUGCAAGGCGACAAGCAUGUCGUGAACUGCAUUCAACCGCAUCCCACGUUAAAUAUUGUCGCUACCUCCGGAAUUGAUUACGACAUCAAGAUUUGGACACCGACCGAUGAACAGAGCAACUUUGACGAAACCGCAGCCGAAGAACUCAUGAAACGGAAUGAUGUGAUGUUACGAGAGACCCGUGACACAAUCACCGUUCCCGCGAGUUUUAUGAUUCUUUUGUUGUCGUCGUUGUCGCGAAAUCGCCCGGCAGCGUCGAACGCAACGCCGCGAUACCAAAAUUUGAUCCAGAAUUUGCGCCAAAGAAAUCGAAAUCGUCGUGCAGCGGCGUCGGCAUCAGCUAAUGAGCCUCAGACUCAAGAAUCAAGCGGAAUUUCGGAAGAUGACGAAACGGACACCGCUGAAAAUCCCGAAGCAGAAUAGGAUUGGCUUUGGGAGUGUUUUUGUGUAAUUUUGUUGUUUCUCGUUGUACUUGAAUUAUUUUUUGAAUAUUUUAGCACCCGUUCGCUUAUCCAUUUCACAGAGGAUUAAAACGAGAAUUGUGAUUAUCUACAGUUUUAA